AUGUCUGAUUCAGAAGAUGAGCUUGCUGAAUCGUCAACGCAGAACGAAGUGAACUUAAAAGUAAAUAAAGAAGUCCUAUCACAGUCGCAAGAAACUACUUUUUCUGAAUUAUCUCCUAAAGAAGCGAAGACUUUCAAAGGACAAUUUGUUUGUAUGCAUAAACAUACAUACGGAGAAGAUGAUGAUAGUCCGAAUAAAUUGAUAAUCGAUAAACUUAAGGUACUAUUGGAUCAUUAUCAACGAAUGAAAGAUGAGUGGAGGAUUCUAAGUUACCGAAAGGCUAUUUCUGCGAUUAAAAGACAAAAAGAGCCAAUUACCUCUUAUCAAGAGGCUAUAGAAAUUCGUGGUAUAGGGCAUCGCACUGCUGAAAAGAUUGCAGAAAUUCUUGAUACAGGGAAUUUAAGAAGAUUGCAGCAUUUUUCAAAAGAUGAUGAAGUGAUUAAAAAAUUCAGCGAUAUUUGUGGUGUAGGGCCAUCCAUUGCCAUGAAAUGGUAUGCAAAAGGUUAUAGGACUUUCGAUGACAUUAUUCAAAAUAUCAAAUUAACACGCCUUCAACGUAUUGGAAUAGAAUAUGAAGUGACAGAAAUCUCAAAACGCGUAGAAGAAGCAGCUUGUCGAAUUGAUCCAAAAUUAAUAUGUAUUACCGUUGGGUCUUAUAUAAGAGGCCAACCAACUUGCGGAGAUAUUGACAUUUUAAUAACCAGAAAUAAUUCAGAUGGAAAAGAAAAUUCGGGUUCCCUUUUAAAAUUGCUUAACACUCUACGUGAACAAGGACUAUUGACGCAUGACCUCACACAGCAUCAGGAAGAAAAUACCACGUCAAGAUAUUUUGGGAUUUAUCUUUUUACUGUACCAUUUAAUGAAUUAGGUGCGGCAUUAUUAUCUUUUACAGGAAAUGAUAUUUUUAAUCGAAGUAUGAGAUUGCUUGCGAGAAAAAAGAAAAUGAAACUGAAUAAUCAUGGUUUAUAUAAGCAUAUCUCUCGUGGUCGUCGUGGUGACGCUUUAAAUGAAGGAACAUUAAUUGCGCAAAAAACCGAAAGGGAAAUAUUUGAUGCUUUGGGGAAUAUUUUCGAAAAAUACGAAGGCGGUUGGAUUGAAGAUUCACAACAAAAUAACGGUAACUUUGAUAGUCAACGUUCAAUUAAGAGUCACAUAACUAAAGAACCGGGAAACGAAUCACCUUCGUCAGAACUAUCAAAUGAUAAGGUUGAUGUUUAUGAUCAACAGGGAGACGUUACUUUUUGUCAUUGUUUUAACGUAUCAUGGAUAUUUCGGAAGCCUAAUGGAUAUUUUGUGACUCCAUCGAAUGUCGCUACAGGGGAUGGUGAUCCAGAAGAUACCUCAAAUCCUUCUCGAAUAAAUUCAACCGCAUCUCCAAAUGAAAUUAUAGAAUUUGUAAAGGAAGCUCUCAUGUCUGAUGAUUUUGAAUAUGUUACUACGAUAUUUGAUCAAUUAGUAUUUGGAAUAAGUGAUAACGUUGGCAAUGAAAUUGUUGCAGCGACUAUUUCUGAUUUAUUUGAAAAAAUUGUAUCGUUAAAACCUGAACCAUCCCCACCUCUCAAAAAAUUACUAUUAAUGCUAUCUUCAAAUCAUCGGCCGCAGUUUUACAAACAAAUGCUUGCCUGUGUUGCAUCAGAUUCAGAACAAAAAGUUGUUGAAUAUCUUCACAUGAUUUUUAUACUUAGAAAUUAUAUGAAUGGUAUAGAGUUGUUCAUGCAGGAUGCCGAAUUAUUAAGUGUUGUUAUUUUAAGUGAUGUUGGGCGUGACUUAGCCAAGACUGCAUCAACUACAAGUAGCACUUCUAAAAUUCCAUGGGGCUCUACAACCCUAGGACAAUGUGUUAUUAUUAUAGAAUUCAUUUUUACAAUACAACAAAUGAGACUAAAACCUGAGAAAAAAAAAAAAGAUUAUAAGGCAGAAUUAUAUGCGAAAAAUUUUUUAAAUGAUUUAGAGCGCCGGUUGGCGGUAUUUAUAGUUGCAAAAGUGAGAUGUAUUGUAAAACAACAUAUAGGUUGGUUGUCACGGAUGAUAGAUUGGUUAUCCUUCUCGACUCCUAAUGCAGCAAUCUAUAGAGAUUCUUUGAUAAAGGGCAUAAGCGCAUACGAUAUAUCUACUUAUCUCUCAGAACUUAAUAUAGAUUCUAAUCAAAUGAGUGAUGUUGAACUUUUGUUUGAAAGAAUAAGAAAUGUAUAUACAACUUUAGAUCAAAGAAUUUCAUCUAGUCUUACUGAGGAUACUAUAUCAAAUGUUCCAGUACCAGUAAUGCCCAAAUCUAUUCCAAUUGUUUCGUCAAAUAUAUCGACGCCUUUAUCAGAAUAUAGUAACAUACUACAACAAUAUACGAGUACGCAAAUGUUAAAGCCUGCCAUGAAUAAUCAAUCUCAUUAUUCAUCGCAGUUAUCCAAACAUCGCCUUCAACAGUUGAAAUCUUUCAAUGAAGAACCUGCCGGUUCUAUAUUAUCACUUCUCGUAGCCGUUUAUUCUACUCUUUCAGUAGAUGAAUUUUCCCAAUUGGGACUUCAUAUCUGGAACAAAUUAUUGAACGAUAGGGAACACAAACCUUUUGCUUCAGCAUCGUUUUUAUUUAUACAAUGCAGUGAAAAAUCUCCUGAUACUAUAAAGGAGUUGAUAAUGAAAGACCUUUAUAGCACAAAUGCAUUAAUUCGUGCUAUUACAAUUCGUAAACUUUCGUCUUUAUUUGGUCAUCGAAAUCAAUUGUUGACUCAACCAUAUAUACCUGAGCCUAAUCGUAAACGUCCUUUUCGUGCGCAAGCCCCGGCUAUCCCUUUUGUUCCUGCUGAAUUAGGGAGUCAAGAAAUGAUGUAUGAGCCAUCUAGAGUACCGAAAAUGACUACAGAUGAUCAUUUGGCUGUUGAUGUACGUAAAAUAAUUCUGGAGUUAAGCUGGGAGGAGGAUGAUAAAAUUGAUGAACAUCUUAAACGCAUAAAAACUCCCAUAUCUGCUUUACCAACAUUUUAUCUCGAUGAGGAAGAAUUUAAAGUUGAAGAGGAAAUGUCAUUCCAAAAGUCCCGUGAAAAGAUGAUGAGUUCACGUGUUAGUGGUAAUACAGUUCAAAAAAAUAACAUUACAAAUACAAGUAAACGGCGAGCAAUAUCGAUUCCAAUAUUAAGUUCUUUCUCUUUAAGACUUGUAGACUUGUUGGAUGAUGCACAUGGUGGCGUGUUUAAUCUGACUAAAGAACUUAUAAUUUAUUUCCUACGAGAUGAUCCGCAUUUGUUUCUUCGAAUAUUUUUUAGCGAUUUGGGUGCAUCAGAUUUUGAUUCUCAAAAGGAACUGCUUUCAAGAAUUCGAUUUCUUGUUUCAAUGCAGCAUGUGCAUCCUCCAAAUUUUACAUACAUAUUAUUUAAUCAUCUUUCAGGAAUGCUGAAAUGGUAUUCUCGUGAAAAUAAAGACAAUGGACUCAACGUUAUGACGUAUGUCAUUCCAACUUUGGCAGAAAUGGUUCCUGUUAUUAACGAUAUGACUGUUCGAGAUUUUCGCAAAAAUAAAAUAGAAAACUUUCUUUGUAAUAAUGGGCAGUUUUGGUUUACUGAAGGAACUCCAAAGUCAAUGUUUCCUCGCAAUAUGACAGAUGAUAGAAUUAUCUUUGAUAUUCUGGCAGUACCGAUUGAUAUUUUCCGGGUCGCUAUACUUCGAGUUGGACAAAUUCAUUUAAUGACUAACUUUGUAACAAAGUUCCCACGUGAAGUAUAUUCUGUCAAAAAGAUGAUUAGUGCAUUUGAACCUACACCAUAUGAUCAUGAACAAUUGCAAAAUUUAUCUAAUGAGGAGGAUCGUUUCAUUCCAGAUAUGCAAAAAACAAAUAGUAAGUUAAGUGCACUUAAUAGUAUUCUUACACGGAAAGGAAGGGAUACCAAAUUAUUAUCAGCUUUGCGUGCGAGAGCAUGGUUGAACUUUUUGAUAGAGGUUUUGAAGAGAUUAAAUACAAAUCACAAUGAUCGAGAUGAACUCAACAAAUUUUUAAGUGGAGCAAACAAUAUUCUUUUAGAGCAUACAAGUGAUUAUGGUAUUGUUGGACAAACACUUGUCUUAUAUAUUACCGUUGUCACUCGGUUUCGUAGAUUAUUUGAUACAAACCGUGGAUAUUCCAUAUUUAUUCCAACAUUGUUUAAGGUAUUUUGUGAGACAGAAAAAAUUCAACCUAUUCGGACAGCCAUUGUAACUGCGUGGGGCAUAUUCUUCCGUGUUCACGGAGAAUCGUUUAUUUUUCAAGCACUUGGAUGUUUAACUCCAUUAAUUUUAAAAGGUUCUGCGAAAUUAUCAAAAUCUGGCGAAUGGAUGUGUUCUGCUCUUUAUGAAUUGUUCAAAUCAUUAAAUACUCCCACGAAUUUAACUGAUUCACUUGGAAUAAGUCAUGCAUUUGGUAACCUCAAUACAACAGAUCCCUUAUUAUUUAAUCCAGUACAACUGUUAAAUUCCACAAUUAAUUCUACGUUUAAUUCCACAUUCAAUUCCACGUUUAAUCCCGCGUUUAAUCCUAUGUCUAAUUCUACGUUUAAAAGAGCUACUAAUAUUUAUUCGGGUAAAACAAUAGCUAGUUUAUUGGGAUUGGAAGAAGAUCAAACAUUUACAUUGGAUAAUUUGGUUAGAUUAUUCAUAACUAUAAUUGCUUAUGAUCCUGGAUCUUUAAGAGCCGAGCAAUUUGUUCAUAUUCUACAAUAUUUAAUUCCACAUUUUUUAAAUGAAUCUUCUUCGGUUAGAACAUUGGUGGAUGAAGGGAUGACGGCUUUAACAGAGGUGUUUCUAAAAUUUUCCAAAUCGUCGAAACCGUUGAUUACAUCUACAGGAGUCUCCGGAAGUGGAACAAUAAAUCUAAGUCCAGAUGAAGAAAUUGAUUCAAAUGAUGCUUUUGAUGGCGUUCAAUUUGUUACUGAAGCAACGACACAUGCUUUUGGAAAGAAUUGGCAACAAAAUGAUCAUAUGACGAUCAAAAAACAAUUCUUAAUAUUGGUGCAAAUUUAUCGACAACAUGAUGGGAUGCUUUCAGAUAAUUGUCAUAAUAAAAUAGCCCAAAUCAUUCGUAUGAUAAUCAAGGAUUACGCAACUAUCAAAAUGCGUGUUUCUACUAAUUUUCUUAAAAAUUAUAUUAAAAAUUCUUUGCUAUAUAAUACCACAUUUGAAGAUGGUCGAAAGCCCAUAAUGGCGUUAUUACGACAGGUUUCCUAUGCAUUCCGUCACUAUUACAAGCACGUUGAUUUUUCGGGGUUCAUCGAUGGGCUGGCCUUAAUUAUAAAUGACAAGGCAGAAUUUGCAAUUAACGAUUCCGCAAUGGCGGUUUUGAUAAAAGAAAAAUUUGUAUCAUUGGGGCUACUUAUGGUUUUGAAACCUGACUGGGAAGAUGCUGCAGAGACUAUGCAACUUCGUUUAUGUAAUAGUUUAGUAAAUUUAUUUGUUGCUAUGAUGACUUAUUCGACGCAAGAUAUGUUAUCAGAGCUUGAUAAAUAUCCUCCUUCACAUACAUUGAUGGCAUACAUAAUCAUUCCCGUAUGCUUACAAUACAAAGAGGCUGCAAUCUUUACACCGCUUCCAGUGAAUUUUAAUCCACAUGAAACAAAUGCAAGAACUGUUUGGUGUCGUCUUUUAGAUUAUAUAACAAAAGCAUAUUAUAAAAAUAAAGAAAUAUAUGAAAACGAAGAAGAAAAUCAAAACAAACCAACCUCCAUGAUGGAGACCACAGUUCCCUUUCUAUUGGGCUUUACAGCAUUGAAAAUUUUAAUGGUUCGUGCAAAUAAAUAUAUUACUCAAUCAAAAGGCAUGUGGGUUUAUAUUGCACAGUUUGUAAGACAAAUUUUAGCAACAGCUAGUGCACCUCAAUCUGGACAAUGGUCUGGUGCGUCAUCUCCUGGAGCUAGCAAUACUAGUGUUAACAUUGCUGUGAGUCCCUUAGAAAAUUAUUUUGUAUCCACACCAGGCGAUAAAUCAAAUAAUUUGAAUCAGAACGCGAAAUCUCCUUCCUCAUCUGCAACAGAUUUUGCAUUAUGGACAUUUAUCGAAUUGAUUUUAUCACAUAAACUACCAAUUAACUUGUAUUUGCGAACAUUUAUACAUCAAAAACUUCAAUAUUCUACUGUCGUAAGACCUCAAACACCUAAUAGUCCUAUUAUUACAGUAAAUAAUCGUGAAUCAAAAUGGAGAAGUUGGGGUGGUCCACCUGUUGGAUUUCAACAAGUGUUAUCUAGGUCUUUGGAAAAAGACUCGAACAUUCAAGGGUCCAAUAAAGAUGUGGUUGAGUUGUCAGAAGGCGGUAUUCUUUCUUCAAAUUAUGAUCCACCAAAUGAUCUUAAUAUUAUUCCACAAUUUAAUGCAUCCGUUGUGCAAACUAUCUAUAGUUCGCACCAUAAUAGUAGUAUACAAAAUUUGAUCAGCGAAACAUUAAAUUCAUAUUUAAAUGUUCGUAAUUUGAUGGGAUACGGUAACGAUAAUUCUGAAUUAAGGGCUUGGAGCUAUAAGCAAGUUUUAGAGAAAUUAAAAGAAGAAAAGAAAUUAAUAUUGGCAGUUUAUAAAGAAUCAUUUAAAGUUUCUGGAUCUGAUGGAGUUACAAAUCAAGGAACUGAUAUUUAA